GUGUUUAAUUGUGGUUCUAAUUAAGUAUUACUUAAGUGUUAAUAUGGAUUUGGAAAGACAACCGUUAUUGCAGAGGAAUACCGACGUUAGGUGUAGGAGAUCCAGGCCGCUAACAUACGAAGAGAUACUGGAUUCGCACAACGACGUAUCCUGGCGCCGCGCGCGUUUCUGCAUAAUCCUUAUGUUCUGGGCCAUAUUGGCUAUGUUCCUAUCCAUUAUCGCGUGCAUACUAGUCACAGCUAAGUGCCGGCCGUAUGACAUAGACACAGGUUUGAUGCCGUCUGUGCCACCUGUGCACAUCUCUUUCGCUCCUUUGGUGGCGAGCGGGAGAGCGCUAUACAACGAUGCUACGUAUGCUGCGUGAAGGAGUUAUAUAGUCUGGUCCGUGAGCACGUAGAAUUUUGUCCAAUGACCCCUAGCUACCCAUCCUUAUCGCUCGCGCGU